UAUUAUUGCUAUUAUUCGGUUUAAACUGCACGAAGCGAGCGAGCGAGGGAGCGACACAGAAAGAAGCGAGAUACACAUACAUACAUACAUAACAUAACAUACACCACACACAUACACAUACAAAAAACCCAAGCAAGCAUUGUCUCAAAUUGGAGGGCUGGAGGGAGGGACGACGGAGACGAUUUCAGUUCCUUCCAGAUCUGUUUACUUUAUAGCUUUCUGGUUUGUAUCAACAGAAGGCUGCCUCUGGUACAGACAUUUAUGUACAUGGUUGACAUUUGGAUAGUGGUGUGAACACUAUGGAUCCAGUCAAUGGAGGGAACAGUCUUAGCAAUCCCAGUCUUGCCUCAAAACAAAGGUUACGUUGGACCCAUGAGCUUCAUGAACGAUUUGUUGAUGCUGUGGCACAACUCGGAGGACCUGAUCGUGCCACUCCAAAAGGUGUUCUCCGAGUGAUGGGUGUCCAGGGUUUGACUAUUUAUCAUGUCAAAAGCCACUUACAGAAAUAUCGGCUUGCAAAAUACUUACCUGACUCUUCAUCUGAUGGGAAAAAAGCUGACAAGAAAGAACCUGGGGAUACUCUUUCUAAUAUGGAGGGUUCAUCCAGUGGGAUGCAAAUUACUGAAGCAUUGAAGCUGCAGAUGGAGGUCCAGAAGCGUUUGCAUGAGCAAUUAGAGGUACAGAGACAGCUUCAGUUACGUAUAGAAGCCCAAGGUAAGUACUUGAAAAAGAUUAUUGAAGAGCAACAAAGACUAAGUGGAGUUCUUUCAGAUGGGCCUGGUUUGGGUGACAAUUGCCCAGAAUCUGACAAGACUGAACCAGUAACCCCUGCUCCAACAUCUGAGACACCCCUUGAACUCCUAGACAAGACUGCCAAGGAACACACCCCAGCUAAGAGCCUUUCUGUUGAUGAAUCCUUGUCAUCUCACCACGAACCAUCGACCCCAGAUUCUGGCUGCAAUGAUGGUUCCCCAGCUGAGAGCCCUGAAGAUGAGAGAUUAGUGAAGAAGCAAAGGGUUAGCAUGGGUGGGGCGUAUACUAAUCCAGAUUUAGUGCUUACACACCAAAUAUUGGAGUCAAGUUUAAAUUCUUCUUAUCAGCAACCACAAUCUGCUUUCCUGGCUGGUGAGCAGUUUGAAUCAUCAAGAAGUACCGUUGGUAAUGAUGAUCAUUUGGAAAAUGUCACAGCUGGCAAUAUGUAAUUCACUGUCUCGGGUAGCGCCUGCACUUGGGACUGUUCCAAGCUGCCUUGUAUGAGUGUGUUAAUUAUGUAGAUGUCUCUGAUCAGGUCAAAUGAUGCUGGUAAUCAUAGAUGUUUUGAGUUAACUAGGUUCAACCAAAGCACAUUCAUAAAAUGUAACCGAGGUUAAUUACAUGGGAGAGUUACUGUGAACAAGGGUAAGAACUAGUUCAGUUAUCUGCUAACAUUAUAUAACGUUAGAUCUUAUGCAUAA